AUGGGGAGCGCUGGUGAGCCAGACCGAAAACGGCGUCACUUUAGUUCUUUGUCGCCUACGGCUGUCAUGGCUAAGAAGCAGCCCUUCUCGCACUUCUCCGAUGAUAAAAAGCUUGAUACUGCUGUCCUUCAAUUCCAAAAUCAAAAGCUUCUACAGAAGUUAGAAGCUCAGAAAGUUGAGUACUGCACAUCCGAAAGCAAGUUCUCCCAACUCAAGGAGAAACAGCAGCCUUAUGAUUCCAUAUUAAAAGCAAUCAGUAAAUCCUGGAAAGUGUUGGUUUCCGACUUGGAGAAACACUCCAAACAGAUCAGAGAAUCAAGUAGUUGUAAAGAGUUCAAGAAAAUGCCAUUGACAAAAGAAGAGUUCUCCGCUGUUCCAGAGGACACUUUCCUCCACCGUCUCGUGGAAACAGGUGCAACUGAUAGUUGCUCUGCAAAUAAUAUCCCCGACCAGAUGGAGCAAAGCAGAGUAACUGCUUCUGGUAAUGUUGAGAUUCUAUCAAUGGACAAAGAAAGACCGGAUGCCUCAAAUAAGUUGGGGAAUAUCCUUGAAAAUAUAGUGAUUGCAAUAAAUGAACUUUGGAGCGUAAAGGAUGGGUUGCAUAUUGCAAUGAUGAAGGAACUUCCAAAUGAUGGUACAUGCAGGCAAAAGUCGUCUACUAAAUUAGUUAUGGAAGUUAAGAAUUUGAGAUCAGCAUUAAGUGACAUUCAUAUAAGGCAUAAGUCACUGUCGAGGGACUUGCAGGGAAAGCGGGAUACUGAUAUCAGGAAUAAAGUGCAGCUUAAGCAAUUAAAAGGGGAAUUGGAGACUUCGGUUAUUGAGUUACAGGGCACUAAAUGCAAAAUGGCAACUCUCAAGGCGGAGGGAGAUGCAACAAAAGGGAUGUUAUUUCCUGUCCUAAACCUAGGAAGUAAACAUGGUGGUGGUGACAGGGGUAGAGAGAAACAGAAAGGUCUUCAUGAAAUGGAAUCUUCUCUCAAAGAUGUCUCGGAACAAGCUUCCUCUCGGUUGGUGGCAUUAAAAGCUUUACAUAAUGAGAGGAUAAAAGUGCUGGAGCAGUUGUCUGAUCUACAGAACUCAUUGAAGAAUAUUAAGUGCAUCUCUUCCUCGCAUGCCUAUCUUUUGGUGAAAGAUCAAUUGGAAAAGUCAAAAUCAGAAGUGUCGCGAUAUCAGGCCAUUUCUGAGAGAAUACAGGUUGAAAAGGAUAAUCUUAUGUGGAGGGAAAGGGAACUAAACAUAAAAAAUGAUUUGCUUGAUGUUUAUCGAAGAUAUUCUGCAGUUGCUUCUUCAAAGCUAUCUGAGUUAGAGUCGGAGAUAAGGAAACAGAUCAAUGAACAGAAUAUGAUUAAGGAUAAGUUGGAUGAGGCUUUAACAGAACCCGGGAGGAAGGAAGUUAUUGCAGAGUUUAAAGUACUGCUGUCAUUGUUCCCUGAUGAUAUGAGUGGUAUGCAACGCCGAUUAAGCAGUUAUAAAGAGGCUGCCUCAGAUAUUCAUACUUUGCGAGCUGAUGUGCAAAGUCUUUCAGAAGUUCUUGAUAGGAAGGCAAAGGAGUAUACGAGUUCAUCCGUGAGGUCAACAAAUCAAGUUUCUGAGAUAGAAAAGUUGCAGUCCCUGGUCAAGGAUCUAAAGGAAAGUGUAGAAGAGCUGAAGAUAAUUUCAGACAUGUAUAGGCGUGAAUCAACAGAUUCAAGGGAUGUUAGCGAGAGUCAAGAUUCGGAAUACCAGGCGUGGGCUCAAGUUGAAAGCUUGAAGUUAUCUCUUGAUGAGCAGAACUUGGAAUUACGUGUUAAGACUGCAAUUGAAGUUGAGGCGAUCACACAGCAGAAGCUGGCUGCUGCAGAAGCUGAGAUUGCCGACUCGAGAGAGAAAUUGGAAAGUUCCAAAAGGGAAAUGUCCAAGCUUUGUGAUGUCUUCAAAGCCAAAAGUGAAGAAAAUGAAGCGUAUUUAUCCGAAAUAGAGACUAUUGGACAAGCCUAUGAUGACAUGCAAACCCAAAACCAACAUCUUUUGCAGCAAGUCACUGAGCGAGAUGAUUAUAACAUCAAGCUUGUGCUGGAGGGUGUGCGAGCAAGACAGCUGCAUGACUCUCUAACGACUGACAAGUUAUCCCUGGAAAGGGGAAUGAAGCAAGCCAAAGUUUCUCUUGACUUUUACAAGGUCAAGGCUGCAAAAAUUGAAGACCAGUUAAAAAGCUCUUCUGAUCAGGUUCAGAAGCUUGUUGGAGACAAAUUUGAGAAUUUAGUCACAUUAGAGAAUGUGCAGAAAAGAUUGCAAGAUAUAAGGAGAUCAGCUAAGCAAGGGAGGGAAGUGCUUGAUGGCUCACAAUCUAAAGUUGAGGAGAGGCGAAUGACUCUGGCUGAGCUGCAAAUACAUGUGGAAAAAGAGAGAUUUGAGAAGAGAAGAAGAGAGGAGGAAUUAGAAAUAUCAAGAAGAAAGCUUUCAUGCCUUAGAGAUGAGCUAGAGCGUUCAUCUAUCUUGGAGAAGCUUCGACGGGAACUAAGAGAAUACAGAGAAAUAGUGAAGUGCGGUGUCUGCCAUGACAGACCCAAAGAGGUUGUCAUCACAAAAUGCUAUCACUUGUUCUGCAACCCUUGUGUUCAAAAAGUCACCGAAAGUCGUCAUCGCAAGUGUCCUGUUUGUGCUGCAAGUUUUGGACAAAACGAUGUGAAGCCGGUCUAUAUAUGA